GGGCCUGAAAGGUACAUUUUUGUUCCCAAGUAGUAAAUGGUACAUAUUUGUACUCUUUAUUAAUAAUUUUAGGGUAUACUUUCAGAAGAUGGACAACAAGGAAAGAAAAAAUUAUAAAACAAAGUUAUUUGAAGGAAGGCAAACUAUGGCAUUUACAGGUCUGUCAACCAAGGACCUAUUAAGGAGAAUUAAAGAAGAAGGCAUUUGACGUGUCGGAAGCAGAAGCGCAGAGAUUCAGAGAUAAUGAUGUAGAUGGUGAUACAGUCGAUUGUGGCCUCACAGAGAGCAUGAUUGCGGUACUUUUUCAAGGAUCCUUCAAGAAGCAACUGAAAUUUAAUCAGUUUUUGUUCCAGCAAAAGGAGUCAACAAUAUCAAUUACUUUAGAACCUGUGCCUCCAGAGGAAUGGCAGCAAAGUUUCUUCAGCAUCAUCCAGGUAUCCCACAAAUGCAUAAUAUGUCCAGGCUGUAAAGAUGUUGAUUGUGAAGUAUCCUUUUCUCAGGGAUCUUGAGGGAAAUGGUUAUCAUAUAUGUCACAUGUCUUUGAAGCGCAAAUUUAAAUUUGAGCGUGCACCGCUGAUUGACAAUGAUGAAGUGAGACGCAGCAAGGAGAAGUUUGGGUUCAUGGGGUCAAAGCAGCCUGUUGAAUCUGCAAGAACAAGUCAAAGAAAUAUUUCCAAGGUUCCAAAUGUCCUCGGUGAGGAUCCGUUUUCCAUUGAGGCUCAUGUAAAGGUCCUACACAGCCAGUAUGAGAAGGUGCAACCUGACACAAAAAUCGUCAAAGACCGUAUGCAGCAGACCUUUGCAUGGCGGCGAAAGGAGAUCGCAGAUGGUAUGACUUUGGCAGAAACACUUGAGAAAUACCCUUUCUUAAGAACAUCAAGGGGUCUGUGUGAUGAAGUACAACGUAUUCAUCCUGCAAUGGAAAACAUGCAACAACGAUUCAGUGAAGGCUUCGCCUGUAUUAUGCCUAAAGUGCUUCAUCUGACACAAGGGAAGUCUCCUCUGUACCAGCUCUACCAGCAGGCUAGAAAGGAGGCUCUCACUGAAGAUGUGCCGGAUAUUGACAGACAAGCAGCCCUUUUUUUUCUCCCAUACAUCUUCAGGGAGAACACUGAUCUCUUUAUCAUGCUUGGAGAGAGCGUGAUUCUCCAUCCCCAUAACCAACAAUUCACUUGACUAGCCAAGACUGGAAAAUGGCCUUUACCAAGAGAGCUACCACCAUUGUGAAAGCAGACAACGUUGUGGUUUGUCACACCCAAACAGUUGAUGAAGGGAUCAUCUCAGCCUUCUGCACUUACUUUGUCUUCAACCUGGCAUACCCAAGACACCUGAAGAACACCCUAGUGUUCCUCCAAAGGUACAUUGCAAGAAUAGUUGAGGAUGGGGACCAGCCUUUACCCUUAACUGUCACCAGAAAAAUAAAUCUCUAUUGACACUAUGCCUCGUCCCUACCAGUGCCCCAAAUGCCCAAGUAGAGCUUUCACCUUAAUGAAGCUGAUUCAGCACAUAAGACUUAUUCAUGCACAUGAAGCCAACUUUAAUGUUACAUGUGGACUUGAUGAUUGCCAGUCCGUGUUUACUAAAUAUGAGUCUGUUAGACGACAUGUGUACAGAAAACAUAGAGUCAAAAUUAUGUCUUGACAAUGAAUGUGAUGAAAGCGAAAGUGAGCUUGUCAUUGAUGACUUGGGGGAACCUUUGACAGAAAACGUUAUUGAAAAUCCUCCCUCUUGUGGUGAGCUGUUAAAUAGUUUCAAAGAAAAUCUUUGUAAGUUCAUUCUGAAAUGCAGGGAGAAAAAUCAUCUUCCAGUUUCUGUUCAAGAGGAGAUUGUUGAUGAUGUUAAUUUUUUAAUGUGUUUUUUCAAGGAGAAUUACGAUGCUUUUAUUGGUUACCACAUGCAGAAAAGUGGUUUUGAUAUCUCAAAAUCUCCAGAACUGGAAAGUGUUAUCCAUUCUAAUGAUUUUUUUAGCGAAGCAACAAAGGCUAUUCGAUCUCCAUAUCUGAUGAAAAAUCACUGCAAAUCCAAGCUUAAUAUGACUGAACCUAUCCAUUGCAAGUUAAGAAACUCAGUAGGACAAACCGUUGGCUCAUAUUCAUAUGUACCCAUUGAUAAAGUGCUGAAAAAUUAUUGAUCACAUGAUGACAUUCAGGAUAUCUUUUCUGAGCAUAAUCCAGAGAUGGACAGUGAGUCUCUAAAAGACUUGUGAUGGCAGCAUUUUCAGACAACACCCCUUUUUCAAAGCUCAUCCAAAUGCACUACGGCUACAUUUUUAUGAAGAUGAAUUUGAAGUAGUAAAUCCUUUGGGGUCAAACCAAACACAAACUAUGUGCAUUUUAUUACAGUGUUGGGAAUUUGGACAAAGACAUAGAUCUAAGCAGACACAUAUUCAUUUAGCAUUGUUGGUACGGUACUCAUUUGUAAAGCAGUUUGGCUUGAAUGCCAUUUUGAAACCUCUACUAGCUGAUCUUGAAAAACUUGCUACUGUUGGCCUUACACUGAAAAUUAAUGACACUGAGCACACAGUUUGGGCUGUGCUUGCAACUUUAUCUGGUGAUAACUUGUCACCUCAUAUGAUUGGUGGAUUUACAAUGUCAUUUAACACGGGUAGAAUUUGUCACUAUUGUAUGGCUACUUAUGAUGAUAUUAAACACUUGUUCCAGGAAGACAGCUUUGUUUUAAGAACACUUGAGGUUCACCAGUGCCACCUUGCACGCAUAAAAGACAAUCCUGAUGAUAAAUCAACUUAUGGUGUUUAUAGUUCCUCUCCUUUUGAUAGAUUACAAUAUUUUGAUGUUACAAAACUUUACCACCAGACGUAAUGCAUGAUCUGUUGGAGGGUGUAAUUCCACUUGUUAUGAAACUAGUUAUUUGUAAAGCUCAAAAAGACAAGCACAUAUCAAUUAAAGAGAUAAAUGAA